AAUAUUAUUGGAUAUGUUUCUUCAAUUGCACUCUCCGACGCUUCCUCGAAGUAUCGGUUUUCCUAUUUAUUUAAUGUAAUUUAUUACAUAUCGAGAAUUUUUGACACCGUGAAUAAUUCGAGAGUUGUUCAGAAGGAAGUGUAAGAGAAGGUGCAGUUCGAACGAGCAGAUCUGCUUUACGGCGCGCUAUACCGAGGGCUACACCCUGUGCGGCGGCGGCGGCAGCCGAUAAUGCUCACGCACGCGGAUAGGUUAGGGGAGGUGUCAGGUGCCUAGAACACGGUUGUCAAAAUGGGCAAAUUGUUGUCAAAAAUCUUUGGCAACAAGGAGAUGCGUAUUCUCAUGUUAGGACUGGAUGCUGCAGGAAAAACUACAAUAUUGUAUAAACUUAAACUAGGACAGUCUGUAACAACUAUACCAACUGUAGGAUUCAAUGUAGAAACAGUUACCUAUAAGAAUGUUAAAUUUAAUGUGUGGGACGUAGGUGGUCAAGAUAAAAUACGCCCGUUAUGGCGUCACUACUACACGGGGACGCAAGGACUUAUUUUUGUAGUAGAUUGUGCAGAUCGAGAUAGAAUCGACGAGGCUCGCCAAGAACUCCAUCGAAUUAUAAACGAUAGAGAAAUGCGUGAUGCUAUAAUUUUAAUUUUCGCUAAUAAACAAGAUCUUCCGGAUGCAAUGAAACCACAUGAAAUACAAGAAAAACUGGGAUUAACUAGGAUACGAGAUAGAAAUUGGUACGUUCAGCCAUCUUGUGCCACAACGGGAGACGGGCUUUAUGAAGGCCUUACGUGGUUAACCAGUAAUCAUAAAUCAUGAGCAAAUAUUUAUUUUUCACAAAUUAGCUAUAUAUAUAUAUACAUAUAUAUAUAUAUAUACGGAGAAUACAUGUUUGCUUUGUAUUUUUAUUUUAAUUUAUCAUGUGGAGGCUCUGUAAGACAAACAACUGACAAUGACGAUAGAUUUGACGAGGACUUUUUCACAAGCAAAGUUAUUGCGGGUGCAAAGAGGGAAAAAUCUAUAAAGACAACUAUUAAUGGUGUGUUCCAAUAAUAUCGACACUAGGUGAAUAGUAAUUUAUUGUAAAUGAGGUACCAAGAGACGUAGCCUUUGUUACUAGCUAUUUAUCCCAAUUCAUGGAGGUAAUUACAUUAUUACUGAAUAGGGUUACACGGGUUUAACAUCACUGUAUUGUAACAUAUUCACGCAAGUGUACUACUUCACGAAAGAUAAGUUGUACAAGUUGAACAAAGGAAGAAGAAAAGAAACAUUACGAGAAUCUAGUUAUGAUAUUAAGGGGUUCACAGAUUCACAAAGAUUAGUAUACUGUAUAACUUACCUUGCAAACCCUUUCCAACAUCUAUGUAUUGUUAUUCGAGAGAGUUGUGUUUUUCGAACGGAAAGUACCUCAAGUUUUUAACGAAUUACAGCUAGAUUUUUAACUCCGCAAUAUAUAUUGUUGUCAAUGCUAAACUAACAUGUAUCAUAUAAUAUUCAUACAUAUAGUCCUUGACUAUGACACGUGAGUAAAUUUAUAUAGCACCUACAAUGAGGCUUUAUAUAAUCCAGCGAGAUUUAUUCGUUCAUCGAUAAAGAUUCUUGCUAUUUGCUUAUAUUUUCGUGUCGAAAAUUGCUCGUAAUUCAUCGGUUUUGGUAACAUCGUCUUCCAACUCGACAGAUUAUGCAAAUUUUUAAAUUGACUCCCGUUUUUUCGUUUGUCUCUCCAGGCAUAUAAUAUGUUUCUCUUUUUACGUAAUAUUUUUAUCAGAACGCAAUAAUAUAAUCGCCAGGAUUUUCUCAUUAUUACGCACAAGCCACAAAAUAAUAAGGGCGCUCUUACCAUAUCUAUCUGAGUUUAUUAAAAUAGAAAACAAUGCAACACAUGGAGUUAUCGGUUUACUGAUAUUGUGAGCUCAAAAAAAAGAACAAAACAAUAAAAAAAGGAGAAAAAGAAGGAUAAUGUUACACUGAGCGUAACAGCAUUGAAUCUGCCAAUAUUUUUUACUGUUUAAGUGAGUAUUGGAUAAUAAAGCAUUAGAGUAUUAGGUCGCAAUGAUCAGACCAUUAAUCUAACGGCAUUUUAUGAAUGAAAUAGGUAUCUUCGCGACUUUCGUUUCUCUCAAAUAGCAUAAUCCAUAGGCGUAAGACUAGUUCGAAUUCAUACACUUCGAUAUUCAUAACUGAUUCAUAGAUGAAGUUUACAAGUGUUCAAAAUGUUCGUAUGAUUAUCAAUCAAAUUGAGUUAUAAUUAAAUAGUGGGGUGGCGUACAUCUCUACAAUUCGUCAAUACAUUGACCUUGUUUGCAUUCCACAUUAGCGAGUUAGAUUGUUAGAAAAAGAAAGAGAAAAAAAGAGAAAGGUGUUUUAGUUAUAAAUAAUCAUACAUUUAACAUAUACAUAAAUUUAACAGAGAUUUUCCAGGCGUAAGUUCGUAAUAACUUUCUCAGCGUGUCCGUACCAUUAAUAUUAAGUAUUUCACUUAAGAAAUGGCGUAAUGGUUGAGCACAUCACAUCAUCUGUAAAAAAAACCGUAAUCAGGCUUUGGAGAUACCGAGCUGUUUUUCAUAAUAUUAGCUGCAUCCAUUAGCACUCUGUGGUCAAGAGAGUUGAUAUGACCAUGUCAUCGUAACUCUGCAUUUUUACCACACUGUGUAAAACAGCGACGACGUAUUACAUAUUAUGUACUAACUAUAUAAAAAAAUAUAUAUAUUCUUUUAAAUGCAAGAAUCAUAAAUUGUUACGUUUUACCAUCGCUUAAGAGAGCCAUUUUCAUUAUUAAAUAUAAUGUUAUAAUGUUAAUUGACAAAAUUUUAUGUACAUAAAUAUGUUUCAUAUUUCAAGUGUUUUUUGUGUGUGUCAAGUGUUUCAUAUGUUCCAUGUGACCAUUACUGUAAUUACAAAAAAAUUCUAAAAUAUACUAACGACGGGGAUCACAUAUAUACUUAAAAGGGGGGGCAGAGCUAUGUUGACACAGUGAGGAUUAUAUAUAUACAUAUGAUAUAGAAAAUGUCUUCAAUUUUUAAAAAUAUGUAAACAGAAGGAAAAACAUGCUUCUCCUUUAUAUUAAAGUUUAGGAAGAGAGUAGAGUAACUUUCUGUCUUUGUUUGUAUAUAAUGGAGAGCUGUUUGUUCGCAUACAUGAAAUAUGGACCUACUUCACUUCAUAGCAUCAAGUGUGCAACACGCAUACACUGACAUACGAUAAAUCAAAAAUAAUUCAGAAC